CCGCGCAGGAGCAGGCUGCCGCUGCUGGUCCCGGUGCUGGUACGGAUGCCGCUGGUCAAGGGGCGGCGCCUGAUAUUGUGGAGGUGCCGCCUUCCGGGGAGAAAUAGGGAUGGGUGGAUGCGAAAUGCCCGGUACAACUUGAAGGGUAAGGAUGUUUUCAGGACAUUUUGAGAUGGGCCUCUUCCAGGUCUCUUGAGAACGCUAGAAAACGGUCAUCUAUCGGCAGCGGAGUUGGGAACACGUUUGCAUAUUUGCGGCGUUGCAUAACGACGGCCAGAUGGCCGCGUCGGGUGUGUUUUCUACUCUUUGUAGAGAAGUCUUAGCUAAAAGAACCGAAACCUCCCGGCUCUCUCAUGUUUGCUCAUCGGCCUCUGUGCUGCAAGCUGGCCGCCAGUUCACUAUUGCCUGCGAAUCGGAAAGGCGGCUGCUUCGUAAAUUAUCGUCUGGUGUCGUAAUUCGGAAUCGGCUUCCGCCGGCGUCUCAUUCGUCAUUUGGCUUCCUCUCCGUCGCCCCUUCGCGGUUCUCUCGUCUUGAAUCGGUCAUGGCCUCCCCCUAUCCGGGAUGCAGUUGUUCACCGAUACGACGAAUACGGCUGGCAGCGGCCGGGGUCUGCCAUCAUCCUGUCGUCGUCCGGUCGUCGGUCUUCCCCCCUGCCCCUCUUGUCGGGCCCCUAUUCCGACAUCCACUUGAACCUGCCACCCGCAAGCCAUGCCUGACCUGCUACGCCGCCGGAGUCCUCCUUGUUCACUUCAGCAGUUGCAUCCCGUCGCAUCGUCCCGUUGCCUCCCAGCUGUUCCAUCACAAUCAUCCGCGCCAUACCCCCGCCCGCUUCAUAACCCCAUCGAACUCCUCCUUCCUCACUCCCUUCCCCACCCCAGCACCCCCGUUCGCCUCCAAUAUCAUAUCCCUCAACACCUCCUCCGUCACCACCUCACCCUCUUUCCCUCCUCCAUCCUGCCGCCCCGCCGCAUCCAACCUCAGCAACGCAGCAACCCGUUUCAGAUGGGCCAGCGUAAUGGCAGGGGCGUCCGGCGUCCCGGCAAAGAGUGCAUACGCCUCGUCGAGCUCGGCUUGGUGCGCCUCGUCCGAUGCGGCUUGGCGUCGGGUGUGCAGCUGCAACGCACAGAUACCGAGAAAGGCCGGGUAGGUGGCGAAGCCUUCGUCGUCGGGGUCAAGGGCGGCGGUGAAUUCGGCUAGUUGGGCAGGGUCAGACGGCGGG